UUAUGUCAAUUUGACUGCGUAGGCCUUUAAUUAAUGUAGUUGUGAGGUUAUAUAUCUUUCGACAUGUUAACAAAAAAUUUAUACUAUACAUAAAUAAUGAUUCACAGUAUUUACGUCAUCAACAGUUCCGGGGAUGUUUUUUUGGAAAAGCACUGGAAAAGUGCAGUAGCACGUUCACUAUGUGACUAUUUUUUUGAUCAACAACACAAAGUCUUGUUUUCUGAAGAUACUCCUCCAGUUAUUGCAACUCCUCAUCAUUACUUGAUAAGUAUUUACCGAUGCAACAUGUUUUUUGUAGCAGUUUGCUCCACAGAGGUGAUAAAAGAUAAUUAUGUAGUUAUUUACGAACUAUUAGAUGAAAUGCUGGAUAAUGGUUUUCCAUUUGCAACAGAAUCCAAUAUUUUACAGGAAUUAAUUAAGCCACCAAAUAUAUUAAGAACAAUAGCCAAUACAGUGACUGGGAAAUCUAAUGUGAGUUCAAUUCUACCCAUUGGCCAAUUAUCUAAUGUUCCAUGGCGUCGCAUGGGAGUGAAAUAUACUAAUAAUGAAGCAUAUUUUGAUAUUAUUGAAGAAGUAGAUGCAAUUAUAGAUAAAACUGGUGCAGUCGUUUUUGCUGAAAUCCAAGGAUGUAUUGAUUGCUGUAUAAAGUUGAGUGGAAUGCCUGAUUUGACACUAACUUUUGUUAAUCCAAGGUUAUUUGAUGACGUGAGUUUUCAUCCUUGCGUAAGGUUUAAGAGAUGGGAAUCAGAAAAGAUACUGUCGUUUAUCCCCCCGGACGGCAACUUUAGAUUAAUAUCGUAUCACAUAGCUUCUCAAAGCGUUGUAACUAUUCCAUUGUAUGUGAGGCACAACAUCAGCUUAAAGGAACAAAGUGGUGGUAAAUUUGAUAUAUCAGUAGGUCCAAAGCAAACGUCAGGAAAAACAGUAAAAAAUUUGACAAUUGAACUAGAGGCAGAAAUUUGGUUCAAGGACGUGAACAGUCGGGCACACCCAGUUACAACUAAAAGCUUACGUUUCCUAUACGUUAGGAAUGCCUUUAACUUGGCAAGAUGGUCUGACAUAAGAAAAGCACUGUGCGAACAGGAGGUGCCAAAGUACUUAAGAAGGGUCGUGGACAACAAUCUCAAAAACCGUGUCCUUCGGUACAACACAACGAAGGAACCACGAGAUGUGAAAUUGACGUCGGGGAAGGCUCAGGGCUCUGCGCUGGGUCCAGACGUCUAA